AUGGCCUCCGGCAGCCGAAGAUGGUGCUUUCUGCUGAUGGUGACGCUGGGCCUCGUAUGCUAUUCCAGCAGCGUUGCCUGGUUGCAGCCAGGGCGCUUGCCGAGAGAGGAGGUCCUGAACAGGCUUCGGCCUCGGGUUGACUGGGGCCCCUCCGUAGACAUCCAGGAAGAGCACCUGGCGCUUUCCAGGAGUGCUGCGCUGUCGGUGCUCGCGGUGUUGCUGGGCCUCAGCAUGCUGGUGCAGCCUGUGAGUGCGGACAAGAGUGCCACGGUGUCGUCAAAGAUCAUGGCUGGUGGGGCCUCAACGACAGGCAAGAACAGCGGGUCCGCGAAGAAUAUCACUCGCGGUGUUAACCUGAAUGGAGCGGACUACUCCGGCCAGAGCAUCGUCGGUGUGUCCUUCCAGCAAUCCUCUGUCCGUGACUCCAAGUUUGUCAACACUGACUGCCAGAGUGCAAGCUUCUUCGAUGCGGACAUGACGAAUGCGGAUUUCACCGGGGCGAACCUGAACCAGGCGAACUUCGAGCUGUCGAAGCUGCGUAAUGCCAUCUUCGACAAUGCAGUCGCGACGGAAAUGUACAUGAACAGUGCGACCGGCGUGGAGUUCAAGAGCAUCAACGGUGCUGACUUCACUGACACGCCUUUUCGAAAAGAUCAGCUGGACAUGAUCUGCCCGCUCGCCAAGGGCGUCAAUCCCAAAACGGGCGUUGCAACUCGUGACAGCCUGGGCUGUCCGGAAUGA